AUGAUCUCCGAAGACCAUGGGGGUAUAGAAUACUCCCCGUUGCUGCGCAACAUCGAUCCAGAAGCGGCAGACAAUUCCAAGAAGUCAGGAUGGCGACAGGAAUUAGCGAUUAUCUCGCGAUAUUCAGCCCCCCUAAUGAUAUCGCUCCUACUUCAGCAUGCAUUGACCGGCUCUAGCAUCUUCAUGGUGGGCCAUCUGGGGAAACGAGAAAUUGGGGCCGUGAGCUUGGCCAACAUGACUUCCCAGAUCACUGGAUAUUUUGUCUUUCAAGGCCUAUCAACAUGUUUGGAUACGUUAUGUCCUCAAGCAUAUGGCUCAGGGAAUUUGACCUUGGUCGGCCUUCACGUUCAACGCCUGACGCUUUUCAUGAUCGUCCUCACAAUUCCAAUCGGGGCUGUAUGGUGGAAUGCGGAUCGAAUAUUUCUCCUCAUCCUACCGUCUGAAGCCCAGGAGACAGCUCUUCUUGCAGGGCUGUAUCUGAAAAUUGCCAUCGCGGGCGCUCCUGGCUAUGCUUGCUUUGAGUCCGGAAAGCGAUUUUUCCAGGCACAGGGAUUAUUCAGUGCUAGUCUGCUAGUUCUUGUAUUAUGUUCUACGUUGAAUAUUUUCAUGGGCUGGUUAUUUGUUUGGAGACUGCAAUGGGGCUUCGUCGGUGCACCCAUCGCUGUUGCAGUCGCAAAUAGUCUUCUGCCUAUCUUUCUGGCAUUCUACGCCAUCUUCAUUAAGGGCUCUGAGUGCUGGCACCCCCUUUCUGCCAAGAUGUGGCGCAGCUGGGGUCCAAUGUUGAAGCUUGCUAUACCGAGUUGGCUAAUGAUCGAAGCCGAGGUCCUUGCGUGGGAAAUCAUGACACUCAUUUCGUCCCAUUUAGGUGCGACUGAGCUCGCAGCUCAGGCUGCUAUAUCGACACUUUCAGACUUUGCCUUUCAAAUCUCAUUUUCCAUCGCCGUUGCUGGUGGCACACACAUUGCCUAUCUGAUUGGAGCAGGUCUCCCACAGCGUGCAGCAACAUCAGCCAACGUUAUGGUUUUUGCGUCCUUCGGUGCGGGCAUAACAAAUAUGCUUGUGAUUCUUGCUCUGCGGAGCGUCAUCCCUGGCUUAUUUAGUGAUAUUGGAGAGGUCUGGCACUUGAUCUUCUUUUUGCUUCCAGUGGGUGCCGUCCUUCAAAUUCCCGACGCCGUGGCCACUUCCCUCAAUAGCUUGCUGCGAGCUGUGGGACGACCGGAUCUGGGUAGCUAUGUUCAGCUCUCGAUCUACUACCUCGUCGGAUUGCCCCUGGGCAUUGCUUUAGCAUUUGGCCUAGGUUGGAGCGUUUUCGGGCUAUGGUGUGGAAUUUUUAUCGGCCAAUCGAUCAUUGUGUUGAUCGAGGGUUUUUAUUUCUGGAAAAUGGUGGACUGGGCGAAGGCAUCCCGAGAAGCUGUAGAGCGGAUGUGA